AUAAAAAAUACGUAAUUCCCCUUACUUUUCCGCAUAGUAGCACUGUAGAGGAUCCUAACCUGACCCGAAAAACUAUUUAGCUGAAAUAAUUUUAUUACUGUAAAUCAUAAGAUCUGCUCUGCAUUGCUCACUGUCGUUAGCUCCCAUUUCUGCCUUUGCCAGAUCCACGCGCCGCCGCAAUGACGGAUUCCGACGCCGCCGAACAACAGCAUUUGGAGCCGCGGACGCCGUCCACCCCCAGCGCCACCCUAUACCUCCACCCCCGCCGGGAGCCCUUCGAGCACGGCCUUCUUCCCAUCCCCAAACUCAUCUUCACCGAUGGCGUUCAGAGUCUAUCCCAUAUCAAAUCCGCUCUUCUGUCAUCAAAUCCGAAUUACCGAGUUAACUCGGAAACCUUAGCUCGUGUCCUUCAAAUUCCCGUCGAGCAUUCGCGCCUUCUGAUCGAAACCCUAUCCGCUGUCCUGCAUGACGAUUCCGAUCCCGUUGUGAAGGCUAGGGCUCCGGAAGAGAUUGAUGAAGCAGGGGUUAAUGUGUUUGAUUUGCUUGUGCUUUUGUACAUACAGAAUUACAAGAGGUUGCUGCCGAAAGGGCACAGGGAUUCCGCUGCCGUCGCUGAUGUUUGGCCAUCUACGUCGGCUUUCGAUGGAUUUCUAUCCGUGCUGUCGCCAUUACAGUUGGUGCGGAGCAACAGCCGUAGGUUUAUGCCAUCCCAAGCUGACGAAGAGGCUCAUCAAUUAUCAUAUCUACAUAAACACCUUGGCAACAUUCUUUCCCUCUUGGCAGAUGCUGUAGAAGGGGAAGGGGAAGGGGAAGGGGAAGGUGAUGAAUCCAUGGUAUUAUCUGUAGAUAAGUUUGAACAUCUUGGAUUUCUGAUCUAUUUUGGGGAUAAAGGAUCUCAGAGAUUCCCCUUAAGCCAGAAUACUCCAUUUUUUGCAAAUUCAGAUCCAGACAUGCCUGCAUCUCCUGUUCCUGCAUCACAAGUUCUAGAUUGGCUUCUUGAGAACAUAUCCUCUGCCCAGGAACAUAUUGGUGAGAGGAUAUCUACAAAAGAAAAUGGGCCUAGUAGUUCUUCUGAUCAGGAUGUUGCAAUGGCUGAUGCAGCCACUAGUUCUGCAAAGCCCUCGAGCAGCCUUAGAGGUCCAAGUUUGAUUGAGGGGAUCUCUAAAUCUUCAUGCGUUAAGCAGGCAUCUGAUAUUAAGGGUACAUCCGUAAAGGUAGUAAAUUGCCAUGAAUCAGUAAUUUACAUCUUGGCACCUGUGAAAUAUGCAACAGUCUAUGGAUGCUCUGAUGCAACUAUUGUCCUUGGAGCUGUUGGCAAGGCUGUUAGAGUUGAACACUGUGAACGUGUCCAUCUUAUCAGUGCAGCCAAGCGUAUCUGCAUUGCGAACUGCCGUGAAUGCGUAUUCUUCUUGGGGGUUAACCAGAAACCCCUCAUUGUCGGUGAUAAUCACAAGUUGCAGGUGGCCCCUUAUAACACGUUCUACUCACAACUGGAGGAGCACAUGAAUCAAGUUGGAAUUGAUCCUAACAUGAACGAUUGGAAUAAACUUGUGACUCUUGGAGUGAUUGAUCCGCAUGAUUCGUUAUCCCAUCCUGCUGGUGGCUCAGAUACCCAAGCUGAAUCUGCCACAUGCCUAGAUCCAGAUCACUAUACCAACUUUGUGAUUCCAAGCUGGGUGGCGAGUGAACAAGCUGGUUCGACAAAAGAUAACCCCUUCCCUUUACCCGAUCCUUACCUUGCAUCACAACAGAAAAAUCAUAAAAGUUUAGAAGAAGUUAAGCAACUUCUUAGGGAAACUGAACUUGACGAAACCCGGAAGCGAGAAUUAUCAAGCGCACUCCAUGCUUGUUUCAAAGACUGGUUAUAUGCAUCUGGAAACGUUCGGCAGCUUUACUACUUACCGGGCGAAUAAGAGCACAUGCUGUAAGAAGAGCAAAAUAAUCAAGAAAUGAAUUUGAAUUUCCCACAUUUUUCCCCCUUCAAAUUAAUAUUCAGGUGAUUCAAGUUCCUCCCUUGCCAUUUUUGGAGGCUGAUGGGACUUUGAUGCUGCCAAGUUCGCUGACUUAUUAUGUUGUAGUUUCAGUAUAAAAGUGUCAAAUUCUAGCUCUCAACAAGAAUAGUGAAAAAUGUAAAAAAUAUUUUUUGGCUCUUAGAAGCUGCUGUAAAACUGCAAUUUCUGCUUUGAUAAUUAUACACCAAAUGAUCUAUUUCCUUGUGGUGUUCAAA